GCAAGACACUAUUCAUUACUCGAUAAAACUAAUUUUUUUCAACAGUAUCACCGGAAUCACCGCAUUGCUAAAUGGUGUUGCCAUCUUGCGGUGUUCGGCGGAGCGGGUCGUACUGGACGUAGUCUGCUAUUGCAGAAGCAAAGUGCUUACAGAUUAGUUAUUUUCCGACAAUAUCAUUGAAGUUUUAAUUAACAGACAUAUUCCGGGUGUUUAUGGUAAUUGGUUCCGAAUUUGCUGGACUAGAUUGCGGUUUGUGCUAUUACUACAUAUUCUGCAAUCACGUAAAACCGACCUGUGGGAUGUCGAAGUUACUGAUCCGUAGGUGGACGACGCUCCAACGAAAUUACAGGGAAUUGGAAAAAUCUAUACACACAUCCAGUGUCAAGUAUGAUAAAUUAGAGUUACCGAAGAGGUUGCCUUUUUGGAAAAACAAAGGGCCAAUUAAUUGGAAGAGUUUUGGAAUAACUUGCGGGAUUGGCGCUGGUUUGCUGACAUAUGUGGCGUACCUGAAACAUGUGAAAAACCUGCGGAUUGACCAAGAGCGAAAGCGUGCGCUUGGAAAGGCUUCGCUUGGUGGUAGUUUCGAGCUGGUGAAUUCUGAAGGAAAGACAGUAAAGUCUGACGACUUUUUAGGACACUGGACCAUGAUUUAUUUCGGGUUUACGCACUGUCCAGACAUUUGUCCAGAUGAGUUGGAAAAAAUGGCUGCCGUCAUUGACGAACUUGAGAAAAAACAUGAGUUAAUUGUAAAACCAAUCUUCAUCUCCGUCGAUCCAGACAGAGAUACGCCGACAGUAGUUGGUAAAUACGUAAAAGAAUUUUCGGACAAAUUCAUUGGGCUUACCGGAACAAAGGAACAGGUUGCACAGGCGUGCAAGGCAUACAGAGUCUACUUCAGCAGUGGACCAAAAGACGAAGACAACGAUUAUAUUGUUGACCACACCAUUAUUAUGUACCUAGUCGGUCCAGAUGGAGCAUUUAUUGAUUACUACGGUCAAACUGCAAACGUUGAACAAAUAGCGGCGAGUAUCUUGUUCCACACAGAAAAACAAAAGGCUUUAAAUAAUCCUGGUUGGUUUUCAUCGCUAUUACCAUCAAAACCUGAUAUUGUUUCGGCCUGAACCAUAUCAUCGCUCUGUAAAUACCUUCUGUCAUUUUAUAAAUCGUUCCAAAUGUUGUAAUAAAGUAGUUUGUAUAAU